AUGAAGGUCUGCUCAUUUGCUGGCCGGGGCACUGGUGUGCUCGGUUGGCGAGUGUCGAGGGACAGACUCAGAUUCGCGGUCCGCUUUCGUGUCGGAUCGAAUGACCAAGCUCGAGUUUGGUCAAAUGAGACCUCGCGAAUUCAGCGUAUUUUCGCACGCCAAUCGGCCUUUACCGUUGCUAGGCCCGGAGUGAAUCUGGUCCUGCGAGACUUCCUCGGCGAAUUGACGCUUUCGCAGCCCUCGGUUGUGGCCAGCAAGCGGGUGGGAACGGCAUGUGGGCCAGUGGCUAUUUAUACGAAGAGGUGCUGUCAACUCGGUCGCUGCGUGUCCAUCUUUCUUUCCGAUUUAUCAACUCUUCUUCGGCACCUUUUUCGCACAACCGACAAUCAUUCUUCGACUUCCCGUGAAACUGAUCCACGAGUUUUCUUUCCAGUCGCCAGGUCAAUUGGAAUGAAGAGCAGUGUCUGUGCGCUGUGUUAA